AUGCAUGAGAGCAAUGAGGUGGCCUUUGCCAACGUGAUCUUCACAAGCAAGAACUUAGAACCCGACACUCAGCAUCGGGGCCCUGCUGCUCAUUCGGAGAAUGAUCUUCCCGAGCAAGAGGAGGAAAUCCUGGGAUCAGAUGACGAUGAACAAGAGGAUCCAAAUGAUUACUGUAAAGGUGGUUAUCACCUUGUGAAAAUAGGAGAUCUAUUUAAUGGACGUUACCACGUGAUUCGGAAGCUUGGAUGGGGCCACUUCUCCACUGUGUGGCUAGCUUGGGACAUUCAAGGGAGGAGAUUUGUGGCAAUGAAGGUGGUGAAGAGUGCAGAGCACUACACAGAAACAGCACUGGACGAAAUCAAGUUGCUGAAAUCGGUCCGCAACAGCGAUCCAAAUGAUCCAAGUAAAGAGAGAGUUGUUCAGUUACUAGAUGACUUCAAGAUUUCAGGAGUUAAUGGUUCUCAUAUCUGUAUGGUGUUUGAAGUUUUAGGCCAUCAUCUCCUGAAGUGGAUCAUCAAGUCAAAUUAUCAGGGGCUUCCACUCCCUUGUGUCAAAAAGAUCAUCAAACAGGUUCUUCAGGGUCUGGAUUACUUGCACACAAAAUGUCGAAUCAUUCAUACUGACAUUAAACCUGAGAACAUUCUUCUGUGUGUUAACGACCAGUAUAUCCGCAGGCUGGCUGCGGAAGCAACAGAGUGGCAGAGAUCUGGGGCUCCCCCACCAUCUGGCUCUGCAGUGAGCACCGCGCCACAGCCAAAACCAGCUGACAAAAUGUCAAAGAAUAAGAAAAAGAAAUUGAAAAAGAAGCAGAAACGGCAGGCCGAGUUGUUAGAGAAGCGAAUGCAAGAGAUAGAGGAAAUGGAGAAGGAAGCAAGCCCGGGGCAGACGCAGCCUGAAGAGGAGGAAGAAGCUCAGAGCCCCCUGGAAAUGCUCAUAAAAGUUAGUCCACCAGAGGAAAAUGUCAGCAAAAAGACAGCUGAAGUCAUUGUACAAGAGCAAUCUAUUCUAAUGGAAAGCAGUGUGGAGAAAUGUGUAACAGAAAUAAAUUGCAAUGGAGUGAUACAAAUGACGGACUUCCCAGACUCCGGCAACCAAGGGUCUGUGCGACUUGAGGAUGACCUUCAUAAUGCCAAUGACUGUGGCGAUCACUCUCACACGCAGAAGGAGAACUUCCAUAGUUGUAGUUACAGUCAGCGUAAUGGUGACUCGGAGAACAGGCCUCAAGAAGCAAUGUCGGACUCGUUCGUGCCCUUAGUUUCAGAAGAUUCCAUGGUGUGUCAGCCCACGUCCAACGAAGAGAGAGCAUUCAAUGAUCAGGAGAUUAACCAUUUGCAGGAAAGCAUCCGGACAGAGAUACCUUCAGAGGACGAGAAUGAGAAUAAUAGCCCGUCAGACAACAAAGGAAAAUCAACGGCUGGGAAUUUCCUCCUUAAUCCUCUUGAGCCCAAGAAUGCAGAUAAGCUCAAAGUGAAGAUAGCUGACCUAGGAAAUGCCUGCUGGGUGCACAAGCACUUCACUGAAGACAUCCAGACAAGACAGUACCGAUCCUUGGAGGUGUUGAUAGGAUCGGGGUACAACACCCCAGCUGACAUCUGGAGCACGGCAUGUAUGGCCUUUGAGUUAGCAACAGGAGACUAUCUCUUCGAACCUCAUUCUGGGGAGGAUUACUCACGGGAUGAAGAUCAUAUUGCAUUGAUCAUAGAACUUCUGGGGAAAAUACCUCGCAAGCUCAUUUUGGCAGGAAAAUAUUCCAAGGAGUUUUUCACCAAAAAAGGUGACCUGAAGCACAUCACCAAACUGAAGCCCUGGGGCCUUUUUGAAGUCUUGGUGGAAAAAUACGAGUGGGCCCAAGAGGAGGCGGCCGCAUUCACAGACUUCUUAUUACCUAUGUUGGAGCUGAUCCCAGAGAAACGAGCUACAGCAGCAGAGUGUCUCAGGCACCCCUGGCUUAACUCGUAGAGGCUUCAACGCAAUGCCACAGCACUACACUCUGGUUUACAGCAUAGCGUACACGCACCCAGCUGCCCCUUCCCUUUUUGUUGGUUUUUUUUUUUCUUCCCUUGUUCAUUUUCAGUGUGAAGUUCUUCCUUCAAGGCUUCCAAGAUUUUAGAUAAACCUAACCUGCUCUGCUGAGUUUGCUUGUGUGACUCAAUGGGGACUCUCCUCCGCCAGUGGGGCGUCAUCUGUGUUUUGCCUUGAUUG